AUGGCCUUAUCAAUGUUGGCACAGCUGCUAUCCUUGCUCUUUGUCGUCACUUCUCUCAUCUGUCUUAUUUUGCCCAUGGACUGGAGAUCACGCUUCAUCACGUACUGGAUGACGAAGUGGACAAUAUCAGCCGAGCCAAUAAGGUUUGAAACCACAAGAACGCGCGGAACCGCUUCUUCCCUGUCAUCGCUUUUCUUCAGGCGUCUCUGCCGGUCAGGGAGAUUGUUGUGCAAUGCACCGGAAAACCGAGCUCGGUCAUGGCGAACGCUUUUCACCUACCUGCCUCCACCCAAAGACCUGUUCGAACAGGCCUUGAAACUUGAUGCCCUCAAAACCGCCGUUGGUUACCUGCUUGUGCCUGCAGCUUUUGAGGACGAUGAGGAACAAGGAAUGACGGCCGCAUUCGAAGAAUACGUCGUUCGUUUAAUUGCUCUCGCCUCCAAAAAGGGCGACUGGGAGUUGUGUGCUGAGCUGGCCCGCUUCCUCAUUGCACUGGAUGCUUCUGGGGAUAUGCUCCAAGCGCGCGAUUGCCCGAGUUGGUCUACGAUCCGACUCACGGCCUGCCACCAAGGGCGCACCCUCUGGCGCGGUCACUCGGUUUGGAUCUGCGGAAUCCAUGGCCUGGGGUUGAACUCUAGCAGUCAGGUCGCCAUCGUGGUCAUCUCUUUCCGAUCCUCGUCCCUGUCCCCUCUUCCCAGCGGGCGAGAUGGUGAUCUAUCAGAUGAAAACCCCAUAUUCUGCAGAGAUCCAUCUUGA